GCUGCAGUGAUUUUUCGGGUAUUCUUAAUUCUUUCGGUUCAGCCAUUAUUUCAGUCAGGGAUAUUUUCAAAUUUGGACCGAUCAAUGGCAAUCAUUUAUAUACUAACCAAUUAAAGUUACAAAG